GAUAUUAGAGACCAAAGUUACUGAAUGAUGAAGUGUUGAGAAACACGUGGCCACAACUCUUUGUGGACAAGUAGCAUUAGAUUACUUUGAGUAGGGGGUGAUGAAUUUAAUACUGGCAUGCCACACCAUCUGCCACAAUAACGGGUACAUCUCUGACGGGACAGAUUUCACUGUAUCACAGAACAGGCCUCCACUUAGUAGAGUUGAAAUGGGAGUAAUUGUUUAUGCACUGGAGAAGCAUUAGUUCUGUAAAACAAAUAGAGGCCAUUAUGGUGAAUAGGCCUAGCGUGGUCUCAGCUGGCACUGUUUGCGGAGUAAGGUCCCUCGAGUUCACCGACUCCCUGGCUGUUGUAGGAAAUUAACUCUUGAUUGGUUGGCAGCUGUCUGUUCCCUAUAAAAUAAUGGUCGUAAACACAGGUGAGGGAAGUAUGUUAGUAAAAUGUAGUGGUUUCAAUAUACCUGGACAAGCUCAAAUCAAUAGCACAAUAAGUAGGCCUAUACUUUUGGGUCAAACUCACCCACUCUACCCAUCAUAUUGAAAGUUGUCAAGUGUCCAUUCUCCAUCUCUAUAAGCCCUUGAUCAUGACUCUCAGUUUCAUUACAUUACACAUAAGUCAUUGGACGAAGGCAUCUUCUGUAUGGGGGAGUUUAGUUUAAGAGCCCCACGCUAUAUCUGUACAUUAACAAUCGUCACUUGAGGUACUGUUUUGGAAGCAUAAGGACCUUAUCUUUCAUAUCAGUGAGAAAUAAUUUUCAAAAAACAAAAAGGUUAAAUUGAUACACACCUUGAUAUGGUUAGUGUUCCCACAAGGCCAUGUCACAGAGCUUGUUCACUGAAGACAAGCGGUGACCACCUGUGCUAAUUAGCUAUCGAGCGUGCUCUGAACACCUGUGUGUAAGCAUAACUCGGGAAGUGUAGCAGACGUGUAGUUUUGUCAGAUGGAGGCACCCACAGCUGUAUGGAUCUGUGCAAAACUGCUACAUUUGAACCACUGCCCCCUCCUGCUGAAGUAGCAGUAGGUGAAUCUCAGGAGUCUCUCCGAGAUGUUGUGGAAAGAAUGAGGUCAGAGAUUGAAACACAAGCCAAGACUAUUGAUUCCCUGUGCAAAACUCUGUUCAAGCAUGAGGCAGAGAGGACCCAGAAUCUUAAUACCAUGGCAGUCCUUCAAUCCGAGGUGCACCAUUUGGCUGCGCAUGUAGCCACCCAGCACCUUGAGGAGCGUUUUGAGGGCCUGCGCUAUGAGGUCUCCACUGAGCUCCACUACCUGCGCAGUCUCCUGUCCCACUCUCCCUGCUCCUGUCCUACUCUCCAAGCCUCCUGCUCCAGCACUCACCCCUCAGACAUCCAGAGGCAGGCUGCCAUAAACCACAUCUCUCAGGAACUCUACCACAGUCGAAGAGUCCUGUGGGAGCAGAUUGCUGAGCUAAGGGAGGAAGUCCACAACAUUCAUGGCCUGCUUAAAAAACAAAGAGAUGAAACUAUGCGCAGAUUGACAGAAAAAUACUGCAAAGAUAUGUGCUUGGAGAGGAUGAUUGACAGCUGUCAGAUGAAGGACGACACUCUCAGACUGCAGAGGCCUCAGGACAUGCUCAGGUCAAAUGCAAGGUCCGAUGUUUUUGAGUUACAGAAUAAGCUUCAGACUAUAACAAUAUCGAAAGGCAAGGCUCCCAAGAAAACGGGACAGAGGGUUAUGCCAGCCAAUUCAGAUUCAGAUGAAGGGCAAAGUGGAACAUGUUCCAAAGGAAUGACACCAAAGAUCAAAGCAGAAAUCAAUGUGUCUGCCAGAAGGAAAUAAAAUUCAUCGCUGGAAUCCUCUAUCUACCUUUUGCCCUACCUUGUCUCACACUGUCUUCUUAAUGACAGUCAAAUAAAAAUAAAAUUAGGCCUACACGGACAAUUA